GUGCGGCCUUGGUCAUCACGUCCACCCGGAGCGCCGGUGCGGCCGGCCCGGGCCUCCCGGCCCUGCGCGCAGGCCCGUGUGCACCCCAGGUGAUCCCCUGCCAUGGCCCUGGUGAACAUCAACGAGCUGCCCGAGAACAUCCUCCUGGAGGUGUUCCUCCAUGUGCCUGCCCGCCAGCUGCUGCUUUGCUGCCGCCCCGUCUGCAGUGUGUGGCGGGACCUCAUCGACGUGGUGACCCUGUGGAAGCGCAAGUGUCUCCAGGAAGGCUUCGUCACCGAGAAUGAGGACCAGCCGGUGGCUGAUUGGAAAAUCUUCUACUUCCUCCACAGCCUCCACAGGAACCUCCUGCAGAAUCCCUGUGCUGAAGAGGGUCUGGACUCGUGGAAGAUUGAUGACAAUGGAGGAGACGAGUGGAAGGUGGAGACAUUGCCCGGUGAACAUGGAAGAAACAUUCCCAGCAGCGGAGUCACAAAAUACUUUGUCACAUCCUAUGAGAUGUGCCUCAAGUCACAGCUGGUGGACCUUAAAGCCAAAGGCUACUGGGACAAGCUCCUGGACCACUACCGGCCAGACAUUGUGGUGAAGGACUGGUUCGCACCCCGAGCUGAUUGUGGCUGCACAUACCACCUACAUGUGCAUCUGACCUCAGCAGACUUCAUCACCCUGGCGUCCUUCGAGCCUCCGCCUGUGGUAUUUCCCCAGUGGAAUGAUGCCACGUGGACGGAGAUCUCCCAUACUUUCUCGGACUACCCUCCCGGCGUGCGCUAUGUCCUCUUCCAGCACGGGGGCCAGGACACCCAGUUCUGGGCUGGCUGGUACGGGCCUCGAGUCACCAACAGCAGCGUCACCGUCAGCCCAACCAGAAGGACCCCGAACCCAGCCCCCAAGAGCACAACUUGA